AAGCGUUUUUAUUGUUGUUUAUUUUUGUUAUUUGCACACGGUGUUAAUUAUACAAACGCUAGCAACAAGAUGAGCGCCUUUGAGGUAACGGUGACGCCGUCGCGCCUCAAGCAAAAAAAGCGCAUCGAGGGACGUGAACCGGCCGUCGUCGUCAUGGCCCCGUUUUCGGCCAAAGCAAUUGUGCAAUUCGAGGAUGUGCCCAUUACAAAAACGGCGAAGCGCAUUGUGCGCGUCCUUAAUCCCAGCGACGACGACAUUGAGGUCAAGGUGACCAAGGCCAUCAGAGAGGAGCACAAUCUCAGUCUCGAGUGGAUGGAGAAAACGGUGCCCGCAUUCGAUGAGGUCAGCAUGGAGCUGGUGUGGAAUCCACAGCUGGAGAUUGCUUGCAAGGAAACACUGCAGCUGGUGGAUAACCGCAACUUUCGCAAAGAUGUCAUGAUAAUACUCAAAUCUAAGUGCAACCAGCCGGCAAGGACUACCCGCAAAUUUCCCACGGUGGGCAAGACGCUGCAUCUGAAGUCGCCGACUGGCAACAGCAGCAAAACACACAAAACGCUCGCUGCAACUGCGAAUCAUCACAAGAGACGCAUGUCCAUGUCCAGUGCUGCAGCAGCCUCAUCAUCUUCCUCAUCGACUGUCAUUAAGCAGUCAGUAGCAGUACGUGCCGUCAACCGUUGGUCAACUGCAGAAACAAAAGCGCCGCUUAGCGAGCGUAAUGCAUUUAAGGCGGCACCUCCGACUCGAGAUGCAUUCGAAGUCAAGUCAUUUUUAUCGCCAAAGGAGCGCCAGUGCAAGGAGAAUGUUAGUCCAAUGACGCCAGCAAACGUUUUCAAUUUGAUUGACAACAUGCAAUUCACGCCGAUGACCGAGAAGAUUGGUGCAGCCGCAGCGACUCCACUGCCGGAUAACUUGGCUGCGUGGCCAACACCAACGCUUAGCAUUAAAUCAACUCACACUCGCAUUGCCAAUGUCGAACUGCAACCACGUCGCCUCGGUUCCGCGCUUGACGAUGAACAGAAUUUGCGGACCGUAAACGAAACUUUCGAUGUAAAGCGAGCUGAUGUCAUAGAAAUCUCCGUGGACACUUUGGAUUAUUCGCGCACAGAUCAGUUGCUGCAAACGCCAACUCAAGUCCUAAAUAAGACAACAACCAUUGUUCAUGGCACACAGACGCGUGCCUUGGCCUGCAUACGCGAGGAGGAUGUCAGUCCACCGCAAUUUCUGACGGAAUCACCUACCAAGCUGCCAAGCGGCAAGGUGCACGAUCUGAAGCGGGAUAUAAACGUGAUCGGCUCACCGUUGCGCAAGUACUCGGAAUCCAUGAAGAAUCUGUCACUGUUGUCGCCUCAAUCGAAACUUGGCAUACAGGGCUCAAUGCCAAAUCUGAAUGAGAUGCUGUUGCCACUGCGUUCCAUUGAGCAGAAUCGCUACUUUCAGCAACAGGCGGCUACUGCACCGCAGCAGCCCAGUUAUUCCAAGAAGCUAACAGUUCCAUCCCCCAAUAGUUCGUGCAGCAGUGAGGCGAGCACUGUUUCCCACCCAGAUAUGCUCUUCAAUCAAUGCGAAAUUCUGGCGCAAUCCAGUCGCUUCAAUUUGCACGAAGUGGGCGGCAAACAGGCCAACAGCAAGCCGCAGGAGGACGUGAAGCAGGCCAUCAGUGGGCAAAAGCGACGCUCGCAUGAGCUAAGCUUCUCCGAUGCGCCCAGCAAUGAGUCAUUGCAUCGCAACGAGACGCUGACCAUCUCACCGCCCAAACGUCAGCGUUUCGAUGCCAGCAAUUUGGCGCCAGCCAAUGCCUCAGCACGGGCCGCCAAGGUAUGGCCACGCGCCCAGCCCAAGAAGUUUAAAUUGGCACAGACGAUGGCGCUGCUGAAGAAACCGGCGACGCCGCGCAAGAUGCGAGAGCAGCCGGCGACGAAACUGUACGACUCGGAUCUGUAUAUGCAAACGUGCAUCAAUCCCGAUCCGUUUGCUGCGACCACAACAGCGGAUCCCUUUUUGGCAUCCACGAUGUAUCUGGAUGAACAGGCUGUGGAGCGGCAUCAGGUGGACUUUAGGAAAUGGCUGAAUGCUCUGGUGAGCAUACCCGCAGACCUGGAUGCAGACACCAAUAGCAAAAUCGAUGUGGGCAAACUGUUCAACGAGGUGCGCAACAAGGAACUGUCCCUGGCACCCACCAAGGAGGAGCAAUCGAUGAAUUAUUUGACCAAGUUUCGCCUCGAAUCACUUCGACGCGCCGCCGUUCAGCUCUUCUUCAGCGAAGAGAUGCGUCUGCCCUGCUCCAAGGUGGCCGUCUAUGUCCAGAAACAGGCGCUGCGCAUACGCAGCGAUCGAAAUCUACACCUGGAUGUGGUCAUGCAGCGCACAAUUCUGGAGCUGCUGCUGUGCUUCAAUCCGCUCUGGCUGCGUCUCGGCCUAGAGGUGGUCUUUGGCGAAAAGUUGCAUCUGCAAUCGAAUCGCGAUAUUGUUGGCCUGAGCACAUUCAUCCUGAAUCGACUGUUUCGCAACAGGUCCGAGGAGCAGAAGUUCAGCAAGGCCUACACGCUGACCGAGGAGUAUGCGGAGACGAUCAAGAAGCACACACUGCAGAAGAUCCUGUUUCUGCUGCUGUUCCUCGAUCUGGCCAAGCAGCGACGCAUCAUCAAGCACAAUCCCUGUCUGUUUGUCAAGAAGUCGCCCCACAAGGAGACCAAAGAGAUCCUGCAACGCUUCUCCUCCGAACUGCUGGCCAAUCUGGGCGACAUAACGCGAGAGCUGCGUCGCCUGGGCUAUGUGCUCCAGCACAAGCAGACCUUCCUCGAUGAGUUCGACUAUGCGUUCAGCAAUCUGGCCGUCGAUCUGCGCGACGGCGUCCGCCUCACCCGUGUCAUGGAGGUGAUUCUGCUUCGCGAUAAUCUCACCCAGCAGCUACGCGUGCCAGCCAUCUCCCGGCUGCAGCGCAUCUUCAACGUCAAGCUCGCUUUGGGCGCAUUGCGUGAUGCUCAAUUUGAGCUCAGUGGCGACAUCUCGGCUGCCGACAUUGUGGAUGGCUAUCGGGAGAAAACACUCUCGCUGCUCUGGCAGCUCUGCUACAAGUUCCGUUCGCCCAAAUUCCAUGCUGCCGCCUGUGUGCUGCAGCAGUGGUGGCGCCGUCGCUGGCUGUACGUCUUCAUGCGGCGUCGCAUUCGAGAGCGGGCCGCCAUUCGCAUUCAGGCCGCCUUCCGGGGUCACCAGAUGCGCAAGUAUUGCAAGUUGUACAGAGUGCAGCGGUUGCAGGCCGUCAUUGUCCUGCAGAAGUACACACGUCGCUACUUCGCCCAGAAGCGGCUCUUUCUCAUCUAUCACAGCGUUGUCACCAUUCAGGUCUGGUGGCGUGCCCAGCGUCUGGGACGUCAGCGUCGCCAGCACUUCCGUCACCUGCGGCAAUCGGCCAUAUUUCUGCAGCGCAUUUGGCGUCGUCGCAUUUUUGCCCGCAAGCUGCUUGCCGCCGCCCAAACGGCUCGACUGCAGCGGGAUCAGAAGCAUCAGGCGGCGGCUGCCUGCAUCCAAAUGCAUUGGCGUGCGUAUCGCUUGGGUAAGGAGCAGCGUCGUCGCUAUCUGCGUCAACAGCAGCUCAUCGUCUUUGUGCAACGCUACGUCCGUAGCAAGUGGCAGAUGCAACACACGCGCAAUCAGUUCCUGCUGCUGCGACAGUCGACGCUAGUGCUGCAGCGACGCUAUCGUGCACGUCUCCAUAUGUUGCAGGCACGUCGCAGCUAUGAGCAGAAACGUGAGUGCAUCAUCAGCUUGCAGCGUCGUUGGCGAGCCAAGUUGGAGAUGCGUCGCCAGCUGAAAUGCUAUCGUGAUUUGAAGAGAGUCACCACAUUGCUGCAGAUCAAGUAUCGUGCUCGGAUACAAAUGCGCCUUCAACGGCAAGAAUUCGUGCAGCUAAAAGCAGCUGCUGUCGUGUUGCAGCGACGCUAUCGAGCACGUCUCGAGAUGUUGAGAGCACAGCGCAAUUAUGCCAAGGAUCGCCAGAGCAUUAUCAACCUGCAGAGACGCUGGCGGGCAACGUUGGAGAUGCGUCGCCAGCGGCACCAUUAUCGCCAGCUAAAGAUCUGCUCCAGCUGGUUGCAGAGCAAGCAACGAGCCCGGAUGCAGAUGCGGCGUGAGCGCCACAAUUUCAUCCAGCUGAAACAAGCAACUGUUAUCCUACAGCAACGCUGGCGAGCCCGUCAACUGAUGCACUCCCAGCGUCAACAGUUCCAGCAACUACGUCGUGUGACCAUCAACAUCCAACGACGUUUCCGUGCCGACAAAGCUAUGCGAUUCCUGCGUGCCAAAUAUCGCGGCACUCAGACAGCCGUCUCCUGCCUGCAGUUGCACUGGCGCAACUAUCUGUUGAGCAAGAGUCAACGGCAAGCGUACGUAGAGCUGCGUCUGGCAGCCAUCAACGUGCAGAGACGCUAUCGUGCCCAGUUGGAAAUGCGCCGGCAAAGAAACAGCUAUCAGCAGCUGAAGCUGGCCACAAUCCAAGUGCAGCGUAGAUAUCGUGCUCAGUUAGCCAUGCGAAAACAGCGCCAGGAAUAUCAAAACCAGCGAGCACUCAUCGUUCAAAUUCAGCAACGGUAUCGCGCCAAGCUGGCCAUGAAAACAGCCCGGCAGGUUUAUCAGCGUCAGAGGCAGGCGGCAAUUAGCAUUCAGCGCAGGUGGCGUGCCCUUCUGCAGAUGCGACUACAGCGGCAAAACUAUCAACGCAUGCGCAACAGUUCUAUAAUCUUGCAGCGCAAGUGGCGAGCCACUUUGGAGGCGCAACGCCAGCGACAGAUCUUCAGGCAGACUGUGGCAAAGGUGCGUCUAUUGCAGAGACAUGUGCGCGCCACUCUGCUCAUGAGGCAGCAGCGCCAGCAGUAUCAGCAUCAGCGACAGGCUGCCCUCAUUCUCCAGCGUCGUUUUCGUGCCCGACAAACAAUGCUCGUGGCAAGGGCACACUAUCAGCAGCUGCAGUCGGUCACCAUUUGGAUGCAACGUAAAUUUCGAGCUACACGCAGCAUGCGCCAGAAGCGCAGCGAAUUUCUGCAACUGCGACGGAUCACAAUCCAUUUGCAGCAAAAGUUUCGUGGCAAACGUUUGAUGUUGCAGCAGCAGGAACAGUUCCGGCUGCUCACGAGCUCCAUUGUCGAUUUCCAGUCGCGACUACGGGGCUAUUUGGCACGCAUGCGUUUCCAGGCUCUGAUGACGCCCGAAAUGAUCGAGUAUCUGCGUCAGAAGCGGGCGGCCAAAGUCAUCCAACGCUACUGGCGUGGUUAUCGCAUCCGUCGCCGACAGCGGCAUGCGGGUCUGAUAGCCAUACGGAAGCGUCUGUUGCAUCUACGCCAUCAGGCAACAGCGAUGAACUCGGUGCGCGCCAAGGUGCAGGACGCUGUGCGUAUUUUACGCGGCCGUUUUAUUGCCUCAGAUGCAUUAACCGUACUCAAUCAGCUAGAUCGAAUCUCUCGCACCGUGCCCCACACGCUUAUGUGCUGCUCCGAGUUCAUGUCCACAUUUUGUUAUGGCAUCAUGGCGCAGGCCAUACGCUCGGAGGUGGACAAACAGCUGAUCGAGCGUUGCAGCCGCAUUAUUCUCAAUUUGGCACGCUACAACAGCAGCACGAUAAACACUUUUCAAGAGGGCGGCCUCGUCACCAUUGCCCAGAUGCUGAUGCGCUGGUGCGACAAGGACAGCGAAAUAUUCAACACGCUGUGCACACUGAUUUGGGUCUUUGCCCACUGCCCCAAAAAGCGAAGGAUCAUACACGACUAUAUGACGGAUACGGAGGCAAUUUACAUGGUGCGUGAAACGAAAAAACUGGUGGCCCGCAAGGAGAAGAUGAAACAGAAUGCACGCAAAACGUCGGCUUCUGUCAUUGGUCGCCACGGACAGCAGACGCCUAACUUUUCGCCGCGUGCACUACCCAGUCUGCAGCCGGACUUUGGCAUCAUACGUAGCAGUCCAUAUACAUUUAUAUCAUCGGUGUUUGCAUUCGACACGAUUCUUAGCAAACUUAAUAUUAAUGUCUAAGUAGUUAAAUCGUCAAACUCGAGUUGGACUGAGAGCUCAUUCUAAAUCUAUAGUUGAAUGUUA